CCUUUCUUCUCCACAUUUCUUCUCUUAGAACCCUAACCUCCAUAACUUUCACAUCUUCAUAACCUUCUCAAAUCUAACCCGUUUUUAGUGAUUCUUGAGUCUAUUUUGGGUGAAAUUUCACAAGGAAUCCAGAUUUACACUUGUAUCUUGAAGAUUCCUUUAUUUGGGGUCGGAUUUGGGCCUAGGGGGUGCCGAAAAUUUGGGGCUUUUUGUGGGUUUUUGUGUGAACUUCAAGUUCUUGUGAUUCUCAUCUUCUACAACACUAAGGCAUGGUGACGAAAAAGGGGAAAGGAAUUGCAAGUUCUUCUAAUGCACCUCAAGGGGAUGAUGCCCAACAAAAGAGGAGGAGAUUGACCCGGGUUGGUGACCCGGACUCGGAGGAGGAUGCACCUCCAAGGGGUCCGAAGCCGGAUUGGACAUCCGGUUCAUUGUUAGAUCAACCCGUAGAAUGGAGAGAAGAUCUAUUUCAUGAACAAAUGAACAACUUGAAACAAAGAGGUGAAGCAUUUAUUUGUGAAAAGGAGAUACGGGAGGUCGAUUUCGGGCCAUUCGGGAUCACGGCUAAGUUUAACGCAUUGGGUUGGGGGGCUGCUAUGAAGUGUUAUGAUGGUGAAGUAAAGAAGAUGUAUGACAAGCAGAUUCAAGAAUGGGUGGCAUCACUUGAAUGUCCCCCGUUUAAGGCCCCAAGCAAGAUGAGACUUGUUGGACGGUGUAAUGGAGUGAAAGUAGAAAUGUCUUAUGACUCUUUGCGCCGGGUAGCAAAGUUUGAUGACGGGCCAGCCAAUGAGUACAUCUGCCCGAGUCUCAAGGAUCUCUAUCACGAGCCCAAUCAGCAUCCGCAAUGGCAAAAUAUGCUCGAUUACCUCUUCCUUCCGGGCACGACACAUGGGAAGUUAUAUCGACGCAAUUUAAGAAUGGCAGCAAAUUUGUUGUUGACGUUAUGCAUGUACAAUGUUGUUCCGAGGCGGGGCGACAAGAUGGAAGUGCGGCACCAAGAGGUACCGAUCCUAUAUAUGCUGAUGCAUGGUUCUCCCAAGGUCCCAUACCGAUUCCUAGUAUUGAAUAACAUCUGGUUGAGCAAGAAUAGUGGGGAAAGAAAGAUUAUACCUCAUUGCCGGUUGAUCACGGCAUUGCUUAAAAAAUAUGGGGCGAUUAAAGGAGACGAAAAAGGUUCUUACAAGAGGUUUAGACCAUUCGACCUUAAGAAUCUUGGGCCAGGUUGGAUUUACAAGGAGUCGGAGAGGUUUCAUAAGUUGAAAAACAGAUGGGAGAAGGUGGAGAGCAUUGAAAGUGGAUGCGAGACCGUUACGACCGGGUGAGGCAGACGAGCCCGAAACAACGGAUGAUGAAGUGAGUGGAGACGAUGACUACCGUGAAGACACUUUCAUGGUGGAUACUCAGGUAGAAGGUGCCGGUCAGGCGGGAGUUCAGGGAGCUGGUGUACAAUCUAGUUAUGUGGGGAGUGCAUUUGAUUAUGCACAACAGGCUUAUGAUCCGCACUGGGCCCAUUCGGGGGAUAUGGGCCAAAUCAUUGAACAAAGGCGGCCACCCACUUUCGGUGAAUGGAGUGAACCGAACUAGAUGCUUUUUGAUCAACAAACUUUCAUGGGUGCUAGUGUGGAAAGGGCUAUCAAGAGAAACUAUGAUAGAAAUGAGCAAUGGAACCGUGCUCAUAGGUAUGCUCAUGAAGAGGAAAUAAACAACCGCUAUUUAGAUGAUCGCCAGAGACGCAUGCAUGACCAAUGGCAUGCGGGUCAACCAGUUGUAGGAGAUCCGCCCGUUGUGGACUACACCACAUUGCCACCGAAUGAUGGUAGUGUGUCAUACCCCACCCCACCAUUGCAUCACUCUCAGUGGGUGGAUCCACAUGCUAUGAGUUACCAACAGGCGAAUCCAAGUGGUGAUCAAGGAAGCAGCAGUAGCGGUGGAGCAUUUGGUUUUGGUGAAUAUACCGAUAUGAUGACAUCCCUCUUCGGACCUCCACAGCCGAAAUACUACUAGCCAGGUCGUAUCUUGCUCCUUUGUACAUGUUGUGUUUGUUUACUUAGUAUGUUUAUGCUUUGGUUGGGAGGUUGGGUGGUGUUUGAUGUUGAUAUGUUGUUGGGUUGUGAGAGUUGGUGGUGUCUUUAAUAAUAUUAAAAAAAAAAUACAAAAAGAAAUUUGCGGUUUGAGAGUAUAAGCAAGUGGGGAUGUUUUUGGUUAAAGCGAUCUUUUCCUCAAAACCAUACAUUGGGACAAUGUAUCCCAAGUGUGGGGAUGGGGGAAAUUUUUGAGAAAUUAAAAAUUUUUGUAAAUCCAAGCGAAAAGUGUAAAAAUUUGAAAACUUGAUAUUGUGCCAUUUGACACACCGGCACCCGUUCUUAGUCUUUUCUUGGUGAGAAUUGAGCCACAUAUGAGUGUUAUUUCUUUGUUUGAGUGGCGUUGUCGAGUUGUGCGUUAAUAGAACUUGUGUGUGAAUUCUUGUUAAAUCCUAGAGUUAGUAUGCUUUUGAAAAUGAUAGGGGACUCUUAGGAAGCCUCGUCUAGUCGUGUGAGAGUGCGGGAUUGGUGGGUUGGACCUCAUACUUUACAUAUAUGAGCUUGGUAUUGUGAGGGGUGGGGGUUUGGUCUUUAGAAAGCCAUGUUUGAGCCUUAUACCAUUCGGUUGUGCCCCAAACCUACUUCCCACAAAAUUUUACCUUUUGAGAUGACCCUGUUUAGGAGAUUUAGUAUGGAGUAUUGAUGUUCUUGUAUAUAUGGUUG